UGGAGAAUUGUGGGUUCAAUAAAUAAUGUUUUGAUAUUAUGUGCAUCAUCACGUGAGAUAAUUCUUGGUUAGAAGUAUAAUUGAAUGGUGAUGACAAACUAUUUUCUAUGAAAUAUAAUGUUUCGAUAUUUUUCGAGUGCUCGUGCUCUCUUCAGCGUCGUAAGUACCGAAGCAUGUAUACAAUGCAGUAAAGGUAAAAUUAUCACAUUUAGUCGACCAACGCGAAGUUUGUUCACAACAAACGUACAAUGCUCUACUGUCGGCGAAAUUAUCAAACAAUGGGGCGACCGGUUUAAGAACGAAGGUAUCCCAGAACCCGUAGAAUCGAUCGAGCACAUCGUUGCGCACGUCAUGGGCACUAGCAAGAUCUUAGAUCUUGUAAACGCGCGAGAUGAACAACUUACAUCAGAUCAGUGCGAUAUACUGGAUUCAUUGUGCGAAUGCCGCUUAUCUAGAAUGCCGGUUCAAUACAUAAUAGGAGAAUGGGACUUUCGAGAUAUUACAUUAAAAGUAGUCCCACCAGUUUUCAUUCCGCGACCAGAAACUGAAAUGUUAGUUCAUUACGUAUUAAAAGCGUUAAACUCUUCCGAAAAUAAAGGAUCAGAAAUUUUAGAAAUUGGAUGUGGUUCUGGAGCAAUAUCUCUUGCGAUCACACAUACCGACAAAGCAGCUAAUUGUAUAGCGAUUGAUUCAAGCCUAGAUGCAUGCGAAUUAACCAAAGAAAACCGAGAUCGACUAUACUUAAAAGAUAGAGUUGCAGUUAUGCAUGCAACUCUUAAAGAUAAUGGUUCGAUAGAACUUUCGAAAAUAUUGAGUGGACCUACAGAUCUCGAUUUGAAUUCAAAAACUUUUGACUUCAUAGUUAGUAAUCCUCCUUACGUACCGACCAAGCAGAUACCUACAUUAACUCCUGAAAUUAAACUUUUCGAAGACUUAACAGCACUUGAUGGAGGCGAUGACGGUUUGAAAGUUAUUAAACCUUUAUUAAAAUAUGCUGCUACAGCUUUAAAACCGGGCGGACGUUUACUAUUAGAAGUUGAUACAACUCAUCCUGAAUACAUACAGUUUUUUACAAGAAAAUAUCCCAUUCUUAAACUUCAAUACGAACAUACGUACAAGGAUUUUUGUAAUAAUGAUCGAUUUGUUGAAAUAUCAAAAUUAUCGUAA